UAUUGUUGAUAUGUGAAGUAUUUGUUAACAAUUUAUUAAGCAUUUACAGGGUGUUCUUAACCUGAAACACAGUUUGUGUAGAAACAUUUCAAGUUUUUGUGUGUAACGUUUGGCAUUUCUAUCUUUUCAGGUUAAGAAAUGCCGUUCACUUCAAAGGAAAGGCAUUUUGAUAAUGCAUUUUGCAGGCAGCGCUCAUGUUGCACAUUUAUGAAAAUCUGCCAUAGAACCAACAAAUAUUUGUACUUUUCCUUGUAUAUUUAACCAAUAAAACUUAUGACCUUAGUUUUUUUUAAGAUCCAUCAACUAGCAUGGGCAUUUAGAAUGGGGUCAACCAUGUUGGAACACCCUGUAAAUGCUUAACAAACUGUUAACAAAUAAUUCACAAAUGAAGACUAAAUCAUUUAUCAACAGUUUACUAAUGAUAUAUUAACUAGUCAAACGGAUAGUUAUUAUAAAGUGUUACCCAUUCCUUUAUUCAGAGAAUAUUGUUUUCUAUGGCUACAUGACACAGAUCUUACAAGAAAAAAGAUUGCAUUCCUAUCAUUCCUUAUGUUUGUUUCUGUUCAUUUUUUUGUUUUUUACUUAUGUGCAGUUGAACAUCAUAAACAAAAAUGUUUAUGCAUCUUUGGUAGUGAAUAAGGUAAUAGUUGGUUGACAUAAACAAGCAUUUAAAAUCACACAUACCACAGUUGCACAACCACUGUCAUGAGCCUAGGUGGCCACGUUGUUUUUGACAGAUCCUCAAUGGUCACUCAGUGUCUGGAAAUUGAAUGUGAGCGUGUGAGCAUUGGCAGGACACAGCUGACUGACUGAGGUCUUGAGCAAUGGUGGACUAUCUGAAAUUGUUGUAUUUGAUUGGCAAAAGCAGUUCCUGCAUCAAAAAAUUUCGCCGAAUGGCAAUUUAAUAUACUUCCUGGAAAUAUUGGCUUUUAUUGAUGUUUUUCCCUCAGAAUUUUUCCCGCAGUCUAAUGAAGUGUUACCAGUUGAUAUCUUAUGGUGUAGAUAUCCCAUAAUACAGUAAGGACAGCUGCGGCCUAUAGUCCAGUGCGGCUUAUCUAUGAACAAAUGCUGUUUUUGUGUCACAUUUGGUGGGUUGCGGCUGAUAGUCAGGUGCGCCUUAUAGUGCGAAAAUUACGGUAAUCAUAAACAUCAUUGUAUUUACCUCAGGAUGAUACAUGUGUAAAUCAAGACCACAAAAUGUAUUGAAUAAACUACUUGCUUUGUAUGUCAUUGCAUAGUUCCUGAUAUAUCACAGUUGAGGGUGCAAUGAAACGAAUGUUCCAUUUGAUUUGCAUUUUCUCUUCAAUGCAGAUAGGAGGAGCCACCACAAAUACGACAGGUCUGAUAGAAAACGUAUCUUUUAUAAACAGAAUAAAUGACCGAUAAAAAAAGACUUCAUCUCUGCUGCCGUUUUCCAUCAUUGUUUUGGUUUGAUAGGAAUGCAUUUUCACAUAAAACCCAGGAGAAAUCUGACAGCAGACACACAAAGCUAAAAAACAGAAAUGUUCAACGGCAUCGCCAUACUUUGUCUUUCUCAAUAUUUAAGCACACUGGAAAAUGGAUGUGUUAAUUUUAAGUAAAAAAAAUUGGCUCAUCAUAGCCAUUUCCCAAAUUUGAACCACAGUACACCUCCUCAUGCUCACCUUUUGGCAUUCGGGAAAACGCUAACAUCCUCCAUUUGUGGAAAAAUCCCAAAAUGAUUCCUUUGGCAGGAUCUGAUGGAAGCUAAGAUGUUCUGUUUUGUUGGCAGUCUUUGAAUGUGUCAAGUGUACAUAUGUAAGUAAGCCAUUCUACCGAAAAAACAGACACUUGUAUCAGAAGUUGAAAAAUAGGAUUUUCUCCAUUCCAACAACAAUUACUAAGAUUAUUGAAAUGAAAUGGGAAUUGUCUAAGUAAUCACAAUUGUGCUUUUUCAAAUUUGAGUAAAUUUAAGAUAGUGAAACCAGGGAAAAUGACCAAAAAGACAUUUCAAAAGUCCUAGCUUUCAAAAACAGACUUUAAAACCUCAUUUUGAUGAUUUAUGGUAAAAUGCUGCCAGCCAUCCGCUACAGCAGCUGACGUGUUAGAAUUGCCAAAAGAGAAACUUUCGGGCCAAAGUAUACAUAUAGCUGUUUUCUCAAUACUUAUGAUGGGUCUCCUUACAAAAACAAGUUCAAAAACAACUUUAUGAUGCAAACCUUGCAGUCAAAGUUAUUGAGGUCAGAGGCUGUUCAUAAAUCAUUUAGAAAAUAUCACAAAAACAUGGAUACAAAUACAAACACUGCCACUAUUGAGGCUACUAAGCGGGAUAGUUUCAUGUGAAAGUGGUUUGUUUGUGUUGAAUAAUUUCUAAAUACCAUAAUUUAUUUCACAUGAGAUCAUAAUUGUUUACACGCUAGAUAUGUGUUGUUGGUGCUUUAUGAUCCUUUCUGUCUUAAAUCGCUGGCGACAGGCGGAAACCUCUCAUCUCCAAAACCAUCACUUUUCGGUAAACCCAAAAUUCUUCAUGUUUUUUGAGCCAUUAACAUUAGCAUUGCCAAAGACAGCAAAACAAAUUACAAAUUCAUAUCAGUUUCUAAUUUGUAAAGGAAAAUUUUUUAUUUUUUUUUUACUCUCCGACACCUACAAAAUUUGAAGCAAGAGUGCUAGACUGAUAACGCUAAAUUGUGAAUUAUUUACCAUUGUCAUUUGUGUGGUGACAGUGCACAUUUUCAUGUAGGCAAAUUUAAAUCACUCAUUUAAAAAAAACAUAACUCUAAAAACAGAAAUGCAUACAGUGAAUGUAAUAACUAAUAAUCAUUCAAUCUGUGUUUUAGAUUGGCAGCAUUUGUCUGUCUACUUACCUCUUAAUUCCGAUGUAAACAUGACGGGUGUGCUUAGUUUAUCGCACAAUGCUACCGCUUGUUGGAUUAGUUGUUAAGUAAAUAACAACAGCUUGAAUUUGUCGGCUUGUGUUUCAUUCGAGGUAUUACUUCAUUUUAAGACCAAAAGGAGGACCAGAUGUACAAAUAUGUACACACAGUAUGUAUUGUACAUUGAGUACAUAUAUAUUCUUUGAAAUCACACAAAAGCUCUCAGAAGACAACAUAGAACUCGCACUUGAAAAACAGCUCUUCCCCACCUCGCACACGUUUUCUCUCUGCAUAUGCGCCACAAUCCCCGCCUGAUUUCCAGAGAGACUUGCUGCUUAGCAUCAGCUGGCAUCCAAAUGAGCUGACUCAAUACACUAACACACACACACACCCACAUACAGAUGUGCAGCAAAGCAAGUGGAAAGAGGCUUUUAGACCUUUGCGGGAGACUUUUAGAGAUUAGUCUUAGUAGUGCUACGUUAGCAUGGUGGAGACGUGAGUCAACGUGAAUUAAGAGGCCCGUUCGUCACUCUCAUCAACAUCGGGGUCGGCGCCAGGGUGUCUGACACUUGGGAGGAUUAUCAACAUAUGACUGGCACUGGGCCAGACAACAUCAACCACAAAAAUAAGACAAUCGAUAUCAACAACAUUAUCAACACAUCGAUAUUGUCAGCUUUAAGACUGUCAAUAUCAUCAACAUACACAACAACAUACACUACAUCAACUUUAUCUACGUAAACAACAUACACAAAUCAGCAGCAUGAACGGAAAGAAACAGCAAUAACAUCAAUAUCAUUUGUCAAAGAUGAAUUUAGUGCCCCAAACUAGACUGAGCACAAUUCAGCAAGAGUUUUAUAACCCUAAACAGCAUGGAACACAUAUGUUUAACAAUAAAAGAUACAAAUAAGAGGAAUGUUGACUUGAAAGCAAUGCUACAAAUACAAAACUAAAGUGACAAAAUAACAACACAAAAAGUACCGUAUUUUCCGCACUAUAAAGCGCACCGGAAUAUAUGGCGCACCUUGAAUGAAUGGCCUGUUUUAAAACUGUUUUCACGUAUAGGGCGCACCGCAUUAUACGGUGCAGUAGUAAUAGUAGUAGUCGUGGUUGUGGUUGCGUUACACAUCCACUAGAUGGUGCUGUGCUAAAGGGAAUGUCAUGCCAUGAUUAACCAAUAUUGAUCCAUAUACGGUGGGGCAAAAAUGUAUUUAGUCAGCCACCAAUUGUGCAAGGUCUCCCACUUAAAAAGAUGACAGAGGCCUGUAAUUUUCUUCAUAGAUGUACCUCAACGAUGAGAGACAGAAUGAGAAAAAAAAAAAUCCAGAAAAUCACUUUGUCUGAUUUUUAAUGAAUUUAUUUGCAAAUUAGGUUGGAAAAUAAGUAUUUGGUCAAGAACAAAAGUUUAUCUCAAUACUUUGUUAUAUUCAAUUUAUUGAUAAUGACAGAGGUCAAAACGUUUUAUGUAGGUCUUCAAAGGUUUUCACACACGUUUGCAGUUAUUUUGACCCAUUCCUCCACGCAGAUCUCCUCGAGAGCAGUGAUGUUUUGGGGCUGUCGCUGGGCAACACGGACUUUCAACUCCCCCCAAAGAUUUCAUAUAGGGUUGAGAUCUGGAGACCGGCUAGGCCACUCCAUUACCUUGAAAUGCUUCUUACAAAGCCAAUCUUUGUUUUCCGGGCAAUAUGUUUGGGAUCAUUGUCAUGCUGAAAGACUCAGCCACGUUUCAUCUUCAAUGCCCUUGCUGAUGGAGGGAGUAUUUCACUCAAAAUCUCACAAUACAUGGCCCCAUUCAUCCUUUCCUUUACACGAAUCAGGUGUCCUGGUCCCUUUUCAGAAAAAAAGCUGUAAAACAUGAUGUUUCCACCCCCAUGCUUCACAGUAGGCAUGGUGUACAUUGGAUGCAAUACAGCAUUCUUUCACAUUCAAACACGAGAAGUUGUGUUUAUACCAAAAAAAGUCUUAUUUUUUGUUUCAUCUGACUAAAUGACAUUCUCCCAGUCCUCUUCUGGAUCAUCCAAAUGCUCUCUAGCUAUCUUCAAAUGGGCCUGGACGUGUACUAGCUUCAGCAAGGGGACAGAUCUGGCACUGCAGGAUUUGAGUUCCUGGUGGCGGAGAGUGGUAUUGAUAGUAGCCUUUAUUACUUUGGUCCCAGCUCUCCCCAGGUCAUUCACAAGCUCUUUCCGAGUGAUUCUGUGAUUUUUGCUCACUGUUUUGGGGAUCAUUUUGACCCCACAGGGUGACAUCUUGCGGGGAGCCCCAGAUCAAGGCAGAUGAUCAGUGGUCUUGCAUGUUUUCCAUUAUCUGAUAAUUGCUCCCACAGUUGAUUUCUUCACACCAAACUGCUUACCUAUUGCAAAUUAAGUCUUCCCAGCAAGAUCCAUGUCUAGAAUUUUGUUUCUGGUCUGUCCUUUGACAGCUCUUUGUUCUUGGCCAUGGUGGAGUUUGGAGUGUGACUGUUUGAGUUGUGGACAGGUGUCUUUUGUACUGAGAAUGAGUUCAAACGCAUGCCAUUAAUAGAGGUAACGAGUGAAGGACAGAGGACCCUCUUAAAGAAGUUACAGCUCUGUGAGAGCCAGAAAUCUCGCUUGUUUGUUAGUGACCAAAUACUUCUUUUCCAACAUAAUUGGCAAAAAAAAUUCUUUAAAAAUCAGACGAAGUGAUUUUCUGGAUUUUUUUUUUCUCAUUCAGUCUCUCAUAGUUGAGGUAUAUCUAUUAUGUUAUGAUUCCAGGCCUCUUUCAUUUUUUUAAGUCGGAGAACUGGCACAAUUGGUGGCUGACUAAAUACUUUUUUGCCCCACUGUAUAUGAAGCGCAUUGGAUUAUAAGGCACACUGUCUGCUUUUGAGAAAAUUGAAGGGUUUUAGGGUGCGCCUUAUAGUGCGGAAAAUAAGGUAAUCAUAAGAAGCGGGACAUGAGAACUGCACUGUACAUGGAGUAUAGGAGUAAAGCGUUGGACUAUCAAGCGGCAUACUUCUGCUGAGUCAAAUUAAUCUGCAGAUAUGUAGUCACAGAUGAAAGGUGCGCCAUGUGAGCUACACCCAUCAAUAGUAGCCCUGGAAACUGGACAGAAAAUGCAACAGCAGAAAGGUAAAAGGCAGCAACAUUACAUAUUUACAUCAACUAUGUACAUCGACACUAUUGACAUGAAUUCAUAUUAAAAUCACACACGACACACUCACAUUGAAGUUUAUUUAAGGUUCUUUAUAGUUAAAGUGUAAAUGGAACAUAAAAGUAUGUCCUGAUCAGCAAAAGGUCCUGAAGCCAAUAACACUAAUGAGAUCCCCUGAGAUGUGUGCGCAUAUGCGUGUGUGCCCGAAUGACUGCAUGAGCAUGCUCUCUUACUUAAGAUGUACUGUACUCUCCUUUUUCCGCAUCAUAACGUGUCUUCAGUUUGUACAUAGACUUCAUAAUGUAUUGAUGGGACACGGGGCGCGGGGCCGAUUAAUAGGGGGCCUAUCUCUAUCAAAGCUGACCGAGUGGAAACACAGACAAACGUUUUCAAUUUUUCGUUGAAAAUUUUUGUAAAUAAAUGCUUAAAUUCCUAAAUUCUUUAUAGAUAUGGACGUAAAACAGUCUAGAUUCUUGGUUAAAAGCGAAAAAAAAAAAAUCGGCAGUAAGCAUUUAUUUUACGUAAAUAUAUCGAAUGUGCUUCUCGUCUUCAAGUCAUACUUUGCCGCCGCCUUACCACAACAAAUAGCUUUUUACGUUAAAAUUCUUGUGAUUAAAUGCUUAAAUCCAUCAAUUCUUCAUAGAUAUGGACGUAAAACAGUCUUGAUUCUUGGUUAAAAGCAAAAAAAAAUUUUUAAAUGAGCAGUUAGCAUUUAUUUCACGUAAAUACGUCGAAUGUGCUGCUAUAGUCUUUAAGCCACUGUGGACCCGCCUUAUCACCACAAAGAGCUAUUUACGUUGAAAAUUCUCGUGAGUAAAUGGUGUUAUACUUGUAUAGCGCUUUUCUACCUCUCAAGGUACUCAAAGCGCUUUACACUACAUUGCCAUCUACCUACUGGUGACACAGCACCAGGAGCAAUGUGGGGUUCAGUAUCUUGCUCAAGGAUACUUAGGCGAGUUCAUCAGGGUGGAGAAUCAAACCCACAACCUCUGGGUUGGGGGACAACUACUCCACCACUGAGCCACACCAUCCCCCUAAGUAGUAGAGUAAAUGCUUAAAUCCCUGAAUUCUUUAUAGAUAUGAAUGUGAAACAUUCUCGAUUCUUGGUUAAAAGCAAAAAAAAAAAAAAAAAAAACGUGCAGUUACCAUUUAUUUUACGGAAGUAUUGCGAAUUAUGACGCCAAUGCCGUCGCGGUUAAUUUAUUUUAAUUUUAAUUUUGAUUUAUUUCACAACGUUUCAAAAUGUAUGAAUGAUACGAAAAAUAUAAUAAUUACCAUGAAUCCUCAAACAAAUUACUUCUGAGACAAUCCUUCCUGUUUUAUGCGGUACAGCUUUUGUACUUUUUCAGCUUAAAUCUGGUGUUGGAUCCCUGCACGUAUUUAAGUAUAACUGCGGCCGACUUCGACCGACUGAAGUAGAGUGUGGCACUCCCCCUACCUAAAGGCGUGGCGCAGUGUCUGGGGAAGGUGUCCUGUCAAUAUCAUUAUGAAGUCUAUGAUUUGUAUACGCAAAUCUAUACAGUGAUGUCAAGCAUGCAUACUAUCCAUACUGUGUAGCAGUGUUGUUAAUCUUACUAUAAAAAAGUAAUUAGUUGCAGUUACUUCUCCCAAAAAGUAAUUGAGUUCGUAACUCAGUUACCGCAACGUAAGAGUAAUUAGUUAAUCGGCAAAGUAAAUGACAUUACUUUUCAUGUUCUACACGUUAUUACAUGAUCCAUUCUAUAACGUCUUUCACAUCAAAUAUGUUUAAAUUAACUGAUUGAAUUGAACUGUCUUUUUCAUUGAAAAAAAAAAAAAUAAAAUAACUGACUGAAAAAUGUAUUUUUUUGUUGUUGUUGUGAACUACAGUUCCACACAAAUGUACAUCGAGAUCUCAUUUGGGCUAGCAAUUGGAGGCACGAAAUCCGUUUUUCGAAUGUCCCAAACGUCCAGUAAGGGCAUUUAUCAAAUUUUAUUCGGCCGUGACUUGCGCGUCACUGUCCACCUGACAGAUGGACCAUCACUAUGACGAUGCCAGCACCUCUGCUAUAGGACGCGUUCAGAGUUUGCCAUAAAACGCUCACUGCCACCUGGAAUGCAUCCUCCCAUGGGGUUUCAGAUUCGGCACCUUUCAAAUUAAAUUUCUCAAGCCUCCGGGGACGUAAAACCAAUGCCAAGGCAGAAGCCAUUAAUCGUAAAAUAAUGAAAUAAAAUAAUUAAUAAUAAUAAUAAUUUUAAAAAUGAAAUAAAAAUGACUUGAAUACAUCUGUAUUUUUUGGCCUUUCGGCCAAAUGUUUCCAAUAUUCACUUUACGGUUUCGGCCAAGAAUUUUCUUUCUGUACAUCCCUAAUACUAUGUGAUGAGUCACAUUGCAUCUUUUGUUUUCUAGUUGAAAAAGAAGUGAAUCUUAGUGGUAAAGCAAUAUCUGGGUAUGUUCCUGCUCAGAUCAAAUCUUAACAUACAUUAACUGAGAGCACAGUGAUGACUAGGCUGAUGACAAGCUAAUAGACAUUAGGCAGGCCUGUAAUCAUAAUUAAUUAUGGCUUGUUAUCAUGUUGUGAUUGUGUAGCUGUGUAGCAGACUGUAGCCGGAAAGAUUUUUUUCCCCUUAAUAGUAGGACAAGUCAUCUUCAUCAAUGUCAUUAAUUACAAUGUCAUCAACAUUCUCAACAAUAUUGCUGAAUGUAACAAAAUAAAAAUAAAAUUUUUUUUUAAAAAAAACAUGAUCACAACAGUCGCAUUCGCCUUCAUGUUUAUUAACAUCAAAGAAAACCACAUUAUCAUCAACAUGUACUAUGGCACAAAUGAAAUAUACUGUAUUUACCAAUGAAAUCAAUAAUGCCAACAUUAUUAAUAUAUUAUUCAUAUAAUUAAAAAAACGUGUCAAAAACAAAGUUAUCAGCAAAAUUAUUGAAAUUGUCUCAAUUUGUUUUUAAUAUCAUUGUAUAGCUUUAUUCAUUUUGCUAAACGUUGCCCACUUGACUUCCAUUGUUGCCCCUGUCAUUUUGGAGAGGUGAUUCCACAUUUUGGGGCGCAAAUCAGUGGAUGUAAAAAAUGUCUGUCAACUGUUGGCCUGUGAAGCUCUUUAGACAUUUGUUGUUAUUAAGGACUAAUAUAUAAAUAAGUGUGAUUGAACUUGAGUAGUAAAAAAAAAAAAAAGCCAGUACGACCAAAAUAAUCUUAAAUUAUCAACAGAAUCAAAAUAACCAACAACAGAAUUGACAUCAACAAGAUAGUAUGAUUAUGUUCAUGAUUUCAUCAACAAAAUGUACAACAUCAUCAACUAACACAAGUGCAUUGAAAACAAAACAUCACUACUGACUUGAAUAAAUUAAUUAGCACAUAAGUUGAAAGAAAAUCAAUAGCACCAACUAUGUGGAUGAAUAAAUGACCAAUUAUCUAAUACUAUGAUACGAUCUCGAUAUUUUCGACAAUGAUAUACUAUUUGCCGAUAUUACAAAUUCUGCCGUAUUUUGAAACGAUUCAAGUGCCUUCGUUUGUUUUUCGUACAAAAUGACGGUGUUUGAGUGGUGAUCGAAGGAUCACUUGUGAACACUCUCAUUGUGUCCUUGGGCAAAACACUUCAUCCGAGUUGCCCUCAGUGGGUCUGGCAGCGCCUUGCAUGGCGGCAGCAGUCUAUGGGUGUAUGAAUGUGCACGUGAAUGUGAACACACAUGUGAAGCACUUUGUGAUGCCUGUAUGUGAAAGGCUCGAUAUGAGUAGAGUUGCUUUGUAAGUUGAUAUAACGUACACGCUUAAUACAAUACAAUCAGUUACAUUUCACCUGUGGCCAAGUUGGAUAGAGUAGCCAAGAAUUUUACUCAAGUAAGAGUAAAGUUACUUCAAAACAAUAUUACUUAAGUAAAAGUAAGAGUAGUCAUCCAAAAAUGGUACUAAAUUACAAGUAAAAAAGUAUUUGGUGAAAGGAAUACUCAAGUAAUGAGUAACAUUGUGAGUAACUGGUUAUAUUUUUGUUAGAUUUUUUUUUUUUUUUUAAACAAUCGUAUUUUUCUGUGCACAAAGUUAUCUACAUGGACUAUUGUUAUAAUGAUACUGUACAAUAAACAAUUACAUAACCACAUUAAGCCAAAGGGGGGAAAAAAUAAUUGAAUUUCCACCAGAGGAAAAAAAAAAUUACAUAAAUGAACCAUUAUUCGUCCAAGGAGCAUGACUGCCUCCUGGUGGAGAAAAUAAUUCUGAGUUUGAAUAGUGAAGAGUCCUUCAUAAUUACUAGUUUGAAAUUAAAAAGAUCAUAUCUCCGGUUUUCCGUGGUCAAUCGGUGCCAAAUAAAAACUGGGAGACAGGUUAAAAUCCGCGCUUUCGAGUCAUGUUGAGGGCAGCGCUCUAUAUCUAAUACUUUACUUUUUACGGUGGUUUAAAGACACCGCAUGAUUGAACAGGCUGGCAUCUGAUUGGUAUAAUGGAGUGAUGUGAUUAUUGUUGCAACGUCUCAUUGGUGAAAUCGAUAGAGUUACCCUGGUAAUAAACAAGGCAUUUCUCUACUCUUGGCAUCGCUAGCAAAAAAAAAAAAAAAAAAACAUCUAAUAUGGAGGAUAAAGAAGAAAAAUGCAACAACUGUUGCCCAAAGUACCGGAGUAAGAGCAGUGUUUUUUCUUCACAAAUCAACUCAAGUAAAACUAAAAGUAUAGCUUAGCAAAACUACUCUUAGAAGUACAUUUUUCUCAAAAAGUUACUCAUGUAAAUGUAACGAAGUACAUGUAACGCAUUAAUACCCACCUCUACCUGUGGUAUUAAAAAAAUGCAAAGCAAUUUUAAUGUUUUUUUUUUUUUUUGACAAUUACAUUACUGAAACAUUUCAAAUAAUUGAAUGAAAACCUUUCUUUUUAAACAAAAGUUGGUGUUUAUCAAAAUUUAAGUAGCAACAGUUAUAAAAAAAUAACUAAUUAUUUAUAAUCAAUAAAAUAAAAAAUUAAUAAUUGCACGAUUAAAAAACAUUAACAAAAUGAUCAAAAACUGAAAACGAACCAAUUUCAACAAAACAGUCAACAAGAAUUUUGUUAUUUUGUUGAUGAUGUCAUCCACAACAACCUGAUCAACAUCCUAAUGGCAUCAGCAGCGACAACAUGUAUAGUGUAUCACAAAAGUGAGUACACCCCUCGCAUUUCUACAGAUAUUUAGGUAUAUCUUUUCAUGGGACAACACUGACAAAAUGACACUUUGACGCAAUGAAAAGUAGUCUGUGUGCAGCUUAUAUAAUAGAGUUCAUCUAUUUUCCUCUCAAAAUAACAAAAAAUAAAUAGUUAUUAAUAUGUAAAUCCCUGGCAACAAAAGUGAGUACACCGCAUGGAAACCACGUACAUCCCUAAAUGUUUAGAUUGAAUACUGCUUGUCAUUUUCCCUCCAAAAUGUCAUGUGACUCGUUACAGGAGUGCUGUCAGGAGGUGGUGGGUCAGCUUGUUAGUGCUCAGACCGUACGCCGCACUCUACAUCAAAUUGGUGUGCAUGCCUGUCACUCAAGGAGGAAACCUCUUCUGAAGACGGUACACAAGAAAGCCCGCCCAUCUCAUCAGACCAUAGGACAUGGUUCCAGUAAUCCAUGUGCUUUGUUGACAUGUCUUCAGCAAACUUAUUUUGUGUGCCGCAUAGAUUUUCUUCUUUCUUGUAUGGAGAAAAAGCGCGAGCAUGACAAAUUUGGACCAAAACGGCUGUUCUUGGAUGGGAUGAAUUAAAAAAACAUCCGAAGCACCCCUUUUGUGAGUGACUUCCAGCACCCUUGUCACCAAUUGUCGGGCCCGGGCCUCAUCCCCAGCACCCCCCUAAGUUCUGCCCCUGACACUUCCAUUUUCGACAUCCUGUUGGUGUCAUAAUACUUUAUGAUGGAUGAAUUGGAUCAAAAAAGUCAUCUUCCUCGCGCAAAGACAAUCUUUUUUCAAACCGGUCCCUUUGACAUAUUUGCUUGAUGCACUAAGAUGCGCAACAAGGUGCACCCUUCUCGUAAAUGUCAGCUGAGAUAGCUUCGCCUGUAUAAUUGAUGAGCUGCUGUGGCGGUGACGGGCAUGGCUAUAAGGAAUAGGGGUUGCACCCGUGCCAAGGUGGGCAGAGUGACAGAUGCCAUUGUUUGCAACCCAGUCCUAGAAAUUAACCUUAACAUCAAGUUAUACGGCAGUUAGAAUAAAGCCUUUGAAAUUCUGCCUGGCAACAACUGGCAGGGCAGUUAAAAUGGAGAGCUAAUUUUCCCAGCCACAGGUGAUGGGGAGGUCUUAAUUACCAGAUGCCCGGAGCUCUCUCAUCUUUUCCUCUUGGGGGUGACACUCUGCCAAAUUUCCUCCCGCGUCACCGCGACAGCUGUCCUUGCACGUGCGAUAACGACAGAGACGACGACAGUUGGAGUGAUGUCACCUGUGAUGAAUGAGGCCUCGGGGGAAGACGAAAAAAUGCUAAUGUUCGCGUCCACGCCCUAUCGAGCUGCUUGCCCGCGGCAUCUUGGCAGCCGCCAUCGGUCUGCGCGACGCGAUAUAGCCGUCAGUCAGCGAGCCUCUGAAAUAGUACGCUGUCAUUCCCUUUUGCAGCGUGUCCAUCUUUCUCAACUCUAUAAUUUUCAUUUCAGUCCGUGUAGAGUCAUACUAAGUCAAUGCGAAAAAAUGCAUAUUAUCUUUUUUUAAAUAAACAUUUAUAUAUAAAGGCUACUGUACAUCCCUAAAAGAUGUACAUCAUUGUAAAAGCAAAUAUCUCAGAAACUGCUGAAGCUAGCUCAAUGAAAUCGAACAGUUUAGGUGUUGGACAUGAUAGGUUUAAUUCAUUCAAAUGUGAGAGGAAUUAAGACAUUUGUAAAUUCUGUUACAGAUAUCACAAGUGUUUAUUAUGUUCUCCAUCUGUGAAAUGGCACACAUCAAGUCAGUAGACAUGUUCUUGCCAAACUUUGAAGGCUUGCUUGCUGGUUGAUAAAACAUUCUCAAUUUUGUGUUAAAGACAUGCUGCAAAGUCUUGGGUGACUAUGUUCGAGCAUAGAGUAUUUCAAGAUACAACAUGACUUUUCUUUGGAAAUAAUUAAUAUUACUUAGCUGAAAAAAAGAAAGAUGAAAUAUUAAAUGCAAAAUGUCGAUAUGAUACUUUAUGUUUUGCAAAAAUGUAAGUCAUAAGAAUUGCCAAAACUAUUGGCCUGCGAAAUAAUUUGAAAAUGAUUACUUAUUUAUUUAUUUUAAUUUAGAACACCCGGAGCCCUACAAAUUCCGCCUGAACAAGUGGUGGGCAGUUCCUCUUGAAUCCUAUGGAUUUUGCCUAGCAUUAAGUUCCUUUUAAUCCGGCCCUAUUUUAUUAUAAUUUUGACUAUCAAUAACUUUAUUUUUAUAUUGAUUAUGUCUGAUUACUGUCAUGAGCAUGCAGUUUUUGGUACAAGGCACUACAUUUAUAGUUGUCCAAGGCCUCCAAAUUCUAUCUGGCUACAAAUGGCAGGGCAGUGAUUGAAUUCUACUAAGUAACGACAAUUAGGUACCGAUAAGUGGUGGCGCAGUUAUAAUUUGGCCUUAUGAAAUGUAGGUAAGAAAGCAAAAGUUGUAAAUGAGAACUUUAAAUUCUAUCAAUUGCCAGGCAUCAAAGUUGUUAUAAUCGAGCUGAGUUUUGGAGCACUGUGAAUACUGCCUGGUAACAAGUAGUGGGCCAGUCAAAAUCCAGGUCUCCAUAUUCUGUCUAUCAUUUUAAACUGUACCUUAGAAUUUCAGCUAAAUAAGUUUAAGGGCAUUUACAGUUGAGUCCAAUGUGUCCUGCCAUGAAACAAACAGAGGGAUUCCGGGCGUUACGAACAGAUUCCGUUCCUACUCUGGUGAUAUAUUUUCGCAUGAAUCGGAUUUCACUGUUAAAGUCGAAGUUUACGUCAAAAUACCACGUACAAAAAAACAAACUAAAUACUAUUUUAACGAAUCAGGUCGCAUGUAUUAUUUAGAUUGCAAUGUUGAUGUACCGAGUACUGUGUUUUAAAUGCUUUCCCGAAAAAAAAAAAAAAAAAAAACAUGCGACUGGAGAGAGAGAGGGAAGGGUUGAUUACUGUUGUUUCAGUUUUGUUUUUCUUGGGAUCGGUUACGGCUAACAGUAGUUGUGUUCUGUGCUUUUGGUUGCAUGUAAACCUUUGAAAACUCUACCGAAGUUGCUGUUGUUCUUUUACACGCUACAAUAAAUUUAAAAAUAAAAAAUAAGAUGCUGUACUCACCACUACUACUGAGAGGUUGCUGGAGAAGAUGGAGGGAAGGCUGUUAGAGCUAUUGCUGAGGAAGCAUGUGCACCGACUGCUUUUGGCGACUGGCAUAGCGUCAGCGAGGCAUUUUCGCUCGAAGGUCUAACUUUGGUCUGAAUGCAGCAUAUCUUUACCGACGUUCUUCAGUGUCGCUCCUUUUUACGUUCUUUUUACGACGUUAAGCUUCGUAUCCAUUAGCGCUGCAAUGAUGAAUCGAUUAACUCCAGUAAUUCGAGAAGAGAAAACGCUUCGAAUCAAAUUUUGCUGCUUCGAGUAUUCGUUUAAUUAGAAUGCCGUUGUAAUGGUUUGUUUUGAAUGUGUUUGUAUUUAGUUUCAUUGAUAUAGUUGGAUACACUGCACUCUAGUGGCAACAGUGAAUAUGACAGAACAUCAUUUUACAUGGCUCAGUCCAGCUGCUCCCUGUUAAGACCAACAUGAGGUAAUUUUUUGUUUGCGCUAAUGUUUUUUUAUGCAUUUGUAAUUUACUUUAGAGGUAUAUUUAGGCUUUUUUGUGGGAAUCUGUAAACGAUUUGUUAAGAGUAUUGUUAAAAAAAACUUAGCAUUUUGUAGCAUUUAAGAUAGCGGAUUAGCCAAUUAUUUAGCCAAUUGUUCUUUUUCUGUACUUAGAUCCUCAUUUAUUAAUAUUAUUUUUACCGUUUGAGGCUAAACUCAGGUAUUUUAAUUUUUUAUGUUCCUAAUCCGAUUACUCAAUUAUUUGAACUAACUAUUUAAUAGAUUAAUCGACUACUAAAAUAAUCGAUAGCUUCAGCCCUCAUAUCCAUGGUAAUUGCCUUUCUUUUGGACGGCCCUAAAAGACCCAGCUUUUUUCUUUGGGUCCAUAGUGUAAGAAAGUGGAAGAUAAUAAAUGGCGAAGAUACUGCCAGCUAACAAAUACAAACAAACACUAUGCACUAGCUGGGGACUAAAUGGCAGAGGAGGCACGUAGUCGAAACAUCGUAGGUCGAGGACAUCGUAACCUGAGGACUCCCUGUAGUUGGGUGACUAAAAUGGCCCUUUUAAUUCUGCCUAACAACAAGUGUGUAUUAUUUCCCGGUUUUGUUAGCAAAGUGUCUUACAACUUGGAGUAUAUGAGAGCAAGGUCUGGAUUCUGUCUUCCGCUACCUGUAUCAAUGGAAGUGUCAGUAUCGUGCUCCUGGACUUGGUGGGCUAUUUUAUCAGGAUGGUGAUUUGGGCAUAGUCAGGGUGAAACAGGGGACACAACAACUUACAGCGUGUUUGGAUAAAUGUGCAUACAUUGUCGACUGAACUCAUCUCAGGCCUCAGGGCAGCACUGGCGAUCACCCCCCAUUUGCUUUGUUCUUGCUGCUUUUUUAUUUUCUUCCAUUUUCUCCCUUCCCAAAUCUUCCACCUUCUUUCUCGUGCCUGUCAUGUCGGAAUGGCAUGAAAAAUAGAUAGCGGAGCGUUCCCUGGAUGACGCUCGGAGCGUGACAUCUACCUGAUUAAACUCGCGUUGCGUCUCUCCUCCCCCCUGUGGUUUUGCGGAACUGAAACAAAGAUUUUAGAUCGUUUGCUUGUUGAGAAAAAGGGAAUUCCUUUGAAAAAAGAAAGUUCUUCUCUGGCUUCUAAACAUUCCUAUCUGAGUCCCUGAGCUACACUCUGCCAAGGAUUUCCUCAUUUUGGAUUUUUACGCCAGCAGUUGCAGCAUAAGAACAAAUUUCAUUAUCUCUUGUUCUCCGUAUGCUGCUCGAGCUGUGUGGAAGUUUAUUGAAACAGAUUGCAGUGCCAUCAUUUUAAGAAAGUUAUUGCUUGGAUAUAGCCUAUAAUGAGAAUCCACGAGACUUUGGAGAGGAUUGUUCUAUAAAAAAACAAAAAAAAAAUCUUGGCCUUUGACAUUCAAUUAUAGUAUUAGUUUUGCCUGCAUGUAUCUUGUGAUGGGCAAUAAAAAAUUUUUUUAAUUAUUAAAAAAAAAAAGACAAUUAAUUGAGAACUUUGUUUAAAUGGUAAUAAAUAUAAAAGAAUUUAAAAAAAAAGAAAGUUAAAAAAAGCCAUAAUUAACAAAAAAGAAUUCCAAUGAAAAUAAAAUUAAGUUUAAAAAAAAUUAAAACACUUUAACCCUUCAGAGUCGAAGGACACGCCGGCGCGUCCUCAGCGCACGUCGUCUUUGAAGCGCCCUCACAUUUUAAUUACGUCACCCACAUGCCGUUGGUUGGUCUCGUUUUAAAGUGCGGAAGUUGCGGUUUACUCUCAUUAUUUGAAGUCAAUCGACCAACUAAAACGUGAGAUAUUGUCAUUUAAGUUUUAUAGUUUUAUUGUCCUCUCAAACAUUAAAACGCUGCAAGGAUCAUUUGUUUAUGUCUAUAUUUCCAUCAUUUCUUGUCCUUUUUCAAAACGGAAGCUCCAUGAAAAAAACACAAAUCAAACGAACCCUUUCGAAGUCACAGUGGAAGCACAAAAUGCGUUUUUUUAAUAAAUAUAACUGCCGUGCGAGGUUCCACCGAACGAGAGGGAGGAGUGUUCUGAAGCAGCGAGGUGGCGUGCGACGGCCGUUUGGAUCGAGCAGCGACUUUGUGUGACUUUGAGAAUGAACGGAAAACUAAAUUUAGCGCAAGCAAUUGUGCUUUUUGAGGAAGAGGAUGGUCCAAAUUCGUCAUCAUCGUCUUCUUCGGAAGAGUCCUCGAGUGAAGAUAGUUACGGAUUUGGACACGUGGAUGACGCCAUCGACGAGCAGAGAGGCAUCGCUGAUGGAAUAAAGACGAGAUGUGAGGAAGUGUCACCUGCGGCUGUGAAGCACGAGCCAGGGAUCCAGUCUGCACUUGAUUUUCAAGAAUGAGGAAGCGUGAGAGUGAGUGCUUGUCUAAUCAGAGAGGCAGACGGCUUCUACAGACAUGAGAACUGACCAAUCAGAACGACCUUUCACCACCAAUUAGGAACCUGGGCAUAGUUGAAGCUCUGCUCUUCUUCCUUCUUGUACUCUUUAUUCCCUUAAUCGUGUAUUCCUGAGGUAAAUUUCUACAAUGGACACUAUGACAACAAUUCAUCAGGGCCAGCAGCCGAGGCCAAAUGGCAGAGGAAGGUUUUCACUCGCUGUCGGCUCAUUCCUGGGAUGGCUCACCCUUCUAUCCAUCAUGAGGUUACCUGUGGCAAUGGCCGACUGUUGGCUCAUUGAGGGCGAGAAAGGUUUUGUGUGGUUGGCCAUCUGCAGCAUGAACCAGCCUCCCUAUGAGGCCAUACCAGCCCACAUAAACAGCACAAUCGUGGAUCUGAGGCUGAAUGAGAAUAAGAUCCGCUCGGUACACUACUCGUCACUCAGCCGCUUUGGAAAUCUCACUUACCUGAACCUCACCAAGAACGACAUCAGCUAUGUAGAGGACGGUGCUUUCUCGGCACAGUUCAACUUGCAGGUUCUCCAGAUGGGCUUCAACAAACUGAGAAACCUCACGGAAGGAAUGCUGCGAGGCCUGGGCAAGUUGCAGUACCUUUACCUUCAAGCCAACCUCAUCGAAGCUGUCUUGCCUAAUACCUUCUGGGAAUGCCCCAACAUCGAGAAUAUUGACCUAUCCAUGAACAGGAUCCAGGUGUUAGAUGGCAGUUUGUUCUCAGGACUUUCCAAACUGACCACCUGCGAGCUGUACACCAACCCCUUCAACUGCUCCUGUGAGCUUCUGCCAUUCCUGCGCUGGCUUGCAGCCUUUCCCAACCGGACCAGUGAACGUAUGGUGUGCGACUCCCCUCAUGGUUUCUCCGGCUACAACUUGCUAAGCCCAAACCCCCGCCCGGUGACCCAACGCAAUGCGCUGCAUGUGCUCAGUCUGGUGUGCACUGAGGAUGGCAGCAACUCCACUGCCUUCAACAUAAAUGGCUUGCUGGAUGCCACCACACUGUCACCAGACUUUUCUCCAUGCGGAGUGGAUGACUGUGCAUCUGGCACACCACCCGAUGAGGUCAUCUACCACACCAUCUUUACCGAGAUCAAUCCUGUCAUGACACUGAAGGAGGUAUUGCAAUCAAGCGCUGUGAUCACUGUGGAAAUCCCGCACCCGUAUCGGAAGAUGUACAUACUGAUGCUAUAUAACAACAGUUUCUUCACUGACAUCCAGAACCUGAAGUAUAAGACAGAGGACAUCAAGCUUACCGACCUAAAAGCUAACACAGAUUAUACAUACUGCGUGGCCUCCAUACGCAACUCCCUGCGUUUUAACCAUACCUGUCUGACUCUCUCAACGGGUCGCGGGGCCAGACCGGAACGGGUUGCCAAUCAGUCGUCGGCCACUCACUACAUUAUGACUAUCUUAGGAUGCUUGUUUGGAAUGCUGCUGUUCCUUGGCCUGGUAGUCCACUGCCUUAGACGGAAGAGGAUUGCGGAGGAGAAAGAGCGCAAGAUAAGUCGAAUCCAGAGGACCCUCAUAGAACUCAAGUACGGCGACAAAGGGGAUAUAGAGGGUGGAGGCGGCUGUCCUGUUGCACAGAAACUUCCGCCUGGUGGGGAUACAGUUUCCAGGAUGCCCUACCUUCCACAGGGCACAGAAAUAGAUCCCUAUCAGUUGCAGGAGGUGGUAGAAACUCCAGUGCACAAGUCGGCUAAGCUCAACUACAUGGAGGUUCGAGGGUCCAGCGUAGAGAGGGAACGGGAAAUACCUCCCCAAGCAAAUCCCCAGGGAUCUGUGGCAGAGAUCUCCACCAUCGCAAAAGAAGUAGAUAAAGUCAACCAGAUCAUCAACAACUGUAUUGACGCUCUCAAGUCCGAGUCCACCUCAUUCCAGCAGGGUAUCAAACCCCCUUCUUCGGCUGGUGGGGGGGCAGUGUCUACUGCUGAGCCGCAGCUGGUGCUCCUCUCAGAGCAGGGAGGAGACCGAGGGGGCGAGUUCCUCUCCCCUGUCUGCAAGGGAGGACGAGGGGGCCGAGGCUACCACCAUUCCCUGCAGCGGCACCACAGCAUGGAAGCCCCUGUGACUUCCAAAAGGCCCAGCACCUCCUCCUCCCCCGGUUCCGUUCGAAGUCCCCGUUCGUUUCACUCAGAGGGAGCCUUUUACCCCUCAGAGACUCGCUACAUUGAGAGGAGCUCACCUGGUGACCCGAGUGGUGAUGAACCGGUUCGUACGGUCAACCCGGCAGCAGCCAUUCUGCGAGCUGAGGCCCAGCGGAUUCGGCAGUACCAUGAGCACCGCCACUCAUAUCCUGGCUCCCAGGAACUCCAGCACCAUCCGCAGACCAUGCAAGAGUUCCACUACCACCCCGGUGGGCGCAAACCCUCUGUCCUUGACCCGCUCAGCCUCAGCAGGCAGUCCAAGCAGAGGGAGCUGGCCUAUUCCCAACUGGCCCCCCACUAUGCCCUCUCUCCCCAGUACCACAACCUCAGCUACUGUUCCAGCCCAGAAGAAGACGAGGAGGAGGAAGAAGAGGAAGGGCUUCUCUGCACCCCCACCUUGGGGCUGUGGGAGCGCUUCAAGCUGCACCGGAAGAGGCACCGGCAGGCGUCCAUGGAGGAUGAAGGCUACGUGGCGGCCGGGCAUGCGCUUCGCCGCAAGGUCCAGUUUGCCAAGGAUGAGGAUCUACAUGACAUUUUGGACUAUUGGAAGGGUGUGUCAGCGCAGCAGAAGGCCUGAAAAGGCGCAACAAAAACACUGUGGAAGUCCUGUAAAUAUAAAAUACAAAACCCGCUUAACCAGGAACCGAAGAUUCAAAAGCGCGCACGAGAAACAUUGAUAUAAACCCAACAAAAAAAAAAAAUCAUAACUUUAGAGAAACUUUUUCUAAUCUAAUGAAUCUCGUAACUCAAAUUUAUGUAGCGGUCUAUACUUUUUCAAUGAGGUAGGAAAAAGUUAACUGGCACCCUGUCCUGAUAUUGUUUUAUUUUGAAAGACAAUCUAAGGAAUUGGACACACUCGCAAUUCGCUAUUAACGUGUUUCCACUCGGAAAAAAAUUGUACUAUUUCUAGUACCUGGAUACUCAUGGAAACCACCGCCAGUAUUUCUUUGGUCAAGAAGAAUAAUGGCUACUGUGUACAGCUGCCAUACUUGGUAUUUUAAACUCCACAGUGUAAAGUAUGCUGCAGUGGCCCCCAGUCUCCGUUUGGAUGAAGCGAGUCUCUAUUUCUACUAAUUCCAUGGGAGGGGCGGGAAAUAGCUGGCCGCUGUGGGGUCAGGCAUUUUCAUCCUGAUUAGAAAUCGGAAACAAACAAACGUUCGUAGAAUAAAACUCCACCAUCUCCAGUUUAAUGCAGCGCCCUAUGUUCUUGCUAUCUUGAAUAAAACAAGUCUCCUUAUCGUGACCAAAUAUGGCAGACCUUGGUCUUAGUAUCAUAAACUGUUGCCAUGCUUGGGUAUCAAACUCUACAGUAGCCAGUUUGCUGCAGCAGCUCAUUUAUUUCUUAAUCUCCUUUUAGGUAUGGACUUCUCAGUACUAUUUGCAGUGGAAAACGCAACCACCUCAAACAACCUUAAUAGGCAGCGCGAAAUGGAUAAAAAUUUACAAAUGUGAGUGUGGGUGCUGUAUAGUGUGCCAAAUUCUCGUUUUGGCUUCUCCUCACCAAGAUGGUUUCGUAUACAGAGAUGAAAAAAAAAAAAAAAGAAAAAUGACAAUAUGUUAUUAUUAUGAUUAUUAUUAUUAGUAAUAUGGAUUAUUAUUCUUAUCUUCUUCAUCUUACUGUUCCGAUGAUCCUCAUUUAUUUGAACUUGGCAUGGGACUUGAUGACUAGAGCGCCCCCUUUCUACUGGACUACAAUAGGGAUCAGGGGACUGCUGUACAAGAAGGUUUUAGAAUGUACUAUAUAUUUGCAAAAGAGGUUUUUGAAAUGUUUCAGACUUUUCCCCUACAUUGGGUGUUAGUUAGUUUUUUUUGUUUUGUUUUUUUGUUUUUUACUUAAAACAACAAGAACAACUUCUAAUGAAUGUCUUUAAUUCCCAUUAAGAAUAUGGGAAAACUGCACUGUUAAAAAAAGUUCCAGAACUUUUUAAUGGGAGAAAUAGAGCUCAGAACACUUUGGGAAAAUGCCGUAGCUCCACUGUGUCUCAUCUAAACAGCGUUGUCCAGUUUGGGACUGGGACUCCUUUUUUGUCUUGACCUUUUGUGUUUCCUUUCCUAUUUUUGAAUUUCUGGUUCCACUGUGGUGCCGUUGUGCCAAACUUGACAAAUCACAGCAAUUUCACACAUAUACACUGCUGGCCAAAAUUAAUGGCACCUUUGCAAUUCUGUCAGAUAAUGCUCAAUUUC